UCCAGAGGCCAGACAAAUGGACCGAUGCCUGGGAGGUUCUUGGACAAGCUCCAGUCUUCCUUUGGGUCUCUAGCUUACGCGUAUCGAUGCGAGGUACCAUGAGCUUGACUACAAAAGAUCGUCGGGGCGGUCGAUAUCAAGUAUAAAUACUGCGAGCGUCUCCCACGGUAUAGACUACAAACCCCGUCCCUCCGUCCACCCUCUUAGUUCCUAUACCAAAUUGAACACUUCUCCUGUCAGGCCUAGACUCAGCCAAAGCAACCAUGCAGCUCAUCCCUGCCGGACUUCUCACCCUCCUGGUACACCUAGCUCUGGCCCUGGCCCAGCCGGUGCGAAGCCCAGCCGAAUCAAGCCCAGAACUAUGCACGAGAGCAACGAAGGAGGAGUCCGGAAGCUGCAUGCCCAAUGCCGCCGCUCCAAUGAUGGAAAUGGCGCACGAGCGGAAAUGGAUUCUUAGGAACUCGCACCAGCAGCCGUCCAACGAUGCUGCUAUCGAGCAGGUAGAGCCAUCGAUCCAACCAAUCCUCCCCCCUUCUCCAACUGCAAUUGGCACUGUAACAUCGUCGCCGGUUCCAAUUACGACCAGUACUUGUACUGAUUCGACUUCCACUCGUUCUCCAUCUCCCACGCCGACCGAUUAUGGUGACUACUCGGACUACGGAAAUUAUGGCGACUAUGCAAGCUACGGCGAGUACGAUGAUGAAGUUGUUGGCGAAAACUGAAAUGGAUAGCCUGGCAGUAUGAAACGAACAGGGUAUCAGCUGGAGUGGAAUGCGGGGUGGCAGCCAGAUUGAUCGUUAUGUUGUCUCAUUUGAUAUCAACGUGUAUGCAGACAAAUACACCAUGCAAAUGUCUCAUUUCCAGUGGAACAGCUCAUAAGACCAUAUCCAUGCAUACUAUGCAAGGAAGCUGCAUAGAAACAGCCAGUCUGGCAAUAAGUUAGUUAUCAUACUGGGGUAGAUGAAGGACAUUAGCAGCCCACGUUCUAGAACAGAACCACGUUCGCUAUUCAUGGCCCAUAGACAGUACAACAUUGGAAGCAAGGUGUUUAUCAGCAGAUCCCGCCCUGUCCAUCCCUCGCUGUCCUACCUGACGCCGUGACAUUCUGCCAUCUGGC